AUGACCUACAACCUUUACAACUAUGACCCAUCACCUAGCGCAGCUGUCGCUUUUGCGGUUCUCUUUGGACUUUCAGCAGCAUUUCACAUUUGGCAGGUCAUUCGAAACCGAAGCUGGUUUUUUGUCCCUUUCGUCAUUGGUGGAAUUUUCGAGGCAGUUGGCUAUGCAGCGAGAUACUAUAGCGCAAAACAAACCCCCGACUGGACAACCAUGCCCUACGUGAUCCAGGAGCUUUUGCUUCUACUGGCCCCUUCUUUCUUCGCCGCGUCAAUUUAUAUGAUCCUUGGACGAGUUAUCCGCCUUCUGAACGGCGAGUCAAACUCCCUUAUACGGCCAUCAUGGCUCACAAAGAUAUUCGUGACGGGCGACGUCUUGUCAUUUCUUAUGCAAAGUAGCGGUAUGGCCCUUAUCACCCAACCCCCCUUCCCUAAAAAGCAUCUGAGAAAUGGCCUAACCUGUGAUAUCUGUAAUUUAGGAGGCGGCAUGCUCGCAACAGCCAAAACGACAUCCAGUGUGAGCCUAGGCGAAAACAUUAUUAUCGCAGGCCUUUUUGUCCAGGUCAUUUCCUUUGGAUUUUUCAUCGUUGUCUCAAUCAUCUUUCAUCGCCGUAUGGUCGCGACUCCGAUGCACCUACUGGUCAAGACGCGCAUUCCUUGGACACGCUAUAUGAGGGUCCUCUAUGCUGCCAGUGCGCUGAUCUUGGUUCGAUCGAUCUACCGUGUGGCUGAGUAUAUCCAAGGGAAUACUGGGUACCUGCAGAGUAAAGAGGCUUUCGUGUAUAUCUUUGAUGCGACUUUGAUGGUGAUUUGUUCUCUUUUGUUCAACUUCUUUCAUCCAAGCGAUAUACUCUCGAAGUCGCACGAAAUUGACGAGAGGGAGGAUUUGGAAAUGAUGAAUCAAGGCGGGUACAGGAGUUACAGUGCAUGA